UCUGGAGGACGCCAUCAACUUGCUGCUCUAAAGAGUAACUAGCCCUCAGAAACGAGAGCUUGCACAAAGAGUGGAGGCUUGAAAUCGGGUGAGUGCACAUUGGGUACAGCAGAAAGCAAAGUCUGGCUGAAGAGAACAGAGAUUAAACCACAGGUUCCAUUAUGGGUCGACUUGACGGGAAGGUCAUCGUCCUGACAGCAGCUGCUCAGGGGAUUGGCCGGGCAGCUACCUUAGCUUUUGCAAGAGAAGGUGCCAAAGUCAUAGCCACAGAUAUCAAUGAGUCCAAACUUCAGGAACUGGAAAAGUACCCAGGUAUUCAGACUCGGGUCCUUGAUGUCACAAAGAAGAAACAAAUUGAUCAGUUCGCCAAUGACAUUGAGAGACUUGAUGUUCUCUUUAAUGUUGCUGGUUUCGUCCAUCAUGGAACCAUCCUGGACUGUGAGGAAAAAGACUGGGACUUCUCAGUGAAUCUCAACAUCCGCAGCAUGUACCUGAUGAUCAAGGCGUUUCUUCCCAAAAUGCUUGCUCAGAAAUCUGGCAACAUUAUCAACAUGUCCUCUGUGGCAUCGAGCAUCAAAGGAGUUGUGAACAGGUGUGUGUACAGCACAACCAAGGCGGCUGUGAUUGGUCUCACCAAGUCUGUUGCUGCAGACUUCAUCCAGCAGGGUAUCCGGUGCAACUGUGUGUGUCCAGGAACGGUUGAUACCCCAUCUCUGCAAGAAAGAAUACAAGCCAGACCAAAUCCUGAAGAGGCACUGAGCGAUUUCCUAAAGAGACAGAAAACAGGAAGAUUUGCAACUGCAGAAGAAAUAGCCCUGCUCUGUGUGUACCUGGCCUCUGAUGAAUCUGCCUAUGUAACAGGUAAUCCUAUUAUCAUUGAUGGAGGCUGGAGCUUGUGAUUUCAGGAUCUCCUUGCUGGGAAGGCAGGCCGUUCCUGUCUACAGUGAACCUGCUUAUGAAGAAAACUCACCCAUCCUCUCUUUCCUAUUAAUGGCAUAUUAAUGAAAACAAGACCUUUUUGAUGAUGUCAUUGUUCACAAGAGUCUGAUCCUUUAAAUAUAUUCAUCUCUUUCUAAUCUCUUCUGAAAUCAUUGUAGAUAGGUGAGAUAAUGAACUCACUGCAAAAAGAACAUUUUAAGAAUAAAUCUCAAUUUGUAAG